ACUGACACGUGGUGUACCCGAAACGACGCCGGUUAAGUUGCUUCGUCGACCUCACAAACGUUCGAAAAAACCCCCUUAGGGUUUAGGGACACUGUCAAUGGCUUCGGCUUCUACUGCUUCUUCUCUUCUCUUCCCCUCUCGAAAUUUCACAUCUGUGCCAUUAAUUCCACUCCGGAGAAGCUCCGUGUCUUUCAUACGGUCUUGUUCUAGGAAUCCUUCUCCGGCCACUACCAACGAGGAGGACAUUCUCCGUUUCGUGGCGAAUUCCGACGGGAAGGCACUUCCAUGCGUGCGGACUUACGAGAACGAUUCAGCUCGGCUCAGUCUCGUCGGUACAGUAGCUUUUGAUCAAGCUUUAACCGCGGCUGCCGCCGACGGUGGUGAAGCCGCCGAUGACCACCUUCGUGAAAAUGUCCCUGUCAUGGUGGUCGAGACUGUUUUUCCCGGUGGAUCCGAUCCUAAGGCUACUGUCUCAACCCGAUUGUUCUUGCCUACUCAGAAAGUUAAAGAGCGAGCGAGAAGACUUCGGAGGUCUCUCUCCGAGGAUCUUACUAGCGGAGAUUUGUCAAAGAACAUACUUGCGAUGACUUUUAGGCAAGUUGUUCUGCGACAGCUGUGGAACUUCCAGCUUGUGUUGUUUGGACCUGGAGCUGAAAGAGAAAUGGGAGAUUACGAAAAUCCUCGAGAGCAGGUUUCUACAUCCUUCACUCUUAGCUCAUCCGAUGAACGGGUUAUAUCUGUUAUUGCAGAAGUUAUAUGCAUCUCCGCUCUUCAAAGCACUGAGAAGCAUUUCCUCGAUGAUUAUCUUGGAAGAGCUAAGUUUCCUUUUUUCAAGUGGUUAACGAAACACAGGAGGAUUUCUUCAAGAGACUGCUCGGUUGUCCUGCAUAAGGUCUUUGUUGAUGAGCUAAACGAGAAUAGCAGUCACCUGCUUGAGUAUUUCCAAUUAAGGAAGGAAAACUUCAAAAAUUCAGACACAAGGCAAAGAAGUCUGUGGUGGAACUUCUCUGCCAAAUCUAAGUUGGAAAAAAUUGGUGGCCCUGGGUUUAGUAAUUGGGCAAGUGAAUGUCUACCCGCAUAUCGACUAGAGAUUGAUACUGCAAUACUUGGGGACCUGAAGCUUGAAGGCUGGAGAAAGUCCAGUGAAAAUAAGUGGGAGGUUCUUCUAACCCACUCCCAAAUGGUUGGGUUGGCUGAAGCAUUGGAUAUUUACUUUGAAGAUACAUACUCACUGCCCAGGAAACAGCUACCAUGUGAUGGUUUUGGAGAUUAUGCAAACUUACCCAGUCAAAAGAGAGGAUUGUCUAUGUUGAAAAUGAUAUCUGUCACCAUGGCCAGUGGAAUUCUUCUUCUUGCUGUGAGUGCUGCGGCUCAAUUCUGUAUUCCGCCGAAAACCGUGAGAAAUUAUCCUGGAAAACGCCAAGAUACUUUGUGGUCAGAGAGUGAACUGUUAUCUCAUCAAUCUUCAGAUUCUUCAGAGUUGGAUUCAUUUUGCGGAUUACUUGUCAACAAGCUCAAAGAUGCCUACUGCUGGGUAGGGGAAAUAUCCCUAGAAAGCAGCAUAGGUGCCUGGAUUGGGGAAGUACCUGAUUACUUGAAAGAAAUCAGCAGAGCUAAAUCCGUUGAAGACCACAUCGUUAGAAGCUCUUCUCUUCUGGAUAAACUCAAUGAAGACGCAAAGGCAUCUGCGCAAGAUAUCGCAACCUACCAGGUAGUGUUAUCAUCUGAAGGUAAAAUUAUAGGGUUCCAACCGACUAGCCGGGUGGCUGUGAACCACUGGGCUGCUAAUCCUUUAGCCAAAGAACUUUACAGCGGAAGAAAACUCUCGCCUGGGCUGAUUGAGCCUGGUCUCAAGAGUAGCCCUCCGACAAGAGUAGUUGUGUUGGAAUUGUUAAUGUCUGUGAAUUCAGAGCAUCCUUUUGCACUGGUCAGACCAUUAUUGCCACAAUAAUCAUAAGCGAGUGCCUAGUCUCUUUAGAUGAAAUUUUUACAUUACAUGUACCUUAAAUAACAUUUCGCGUCUAUGAAAUAAAAAUGUCUUAGGCUUAUGAUUCCCGCUAAAGAUCA